ACAUGGCGGCCUCCGUAGAGAGGACCCGCUUCCAAUGUAAAUCCAAAGCAGGUAGAGAAACACACACGAGUAAAAACACUACCAAGGUUAUUUUAUGAUCAAUUUCCUUUCACCUUAAUCUGAGACACUGAACCUUUAAAUGGUCGCUGCACAAGUGUGGACACAUGAUACACUUUUGCUAAUAAAGCUGCCGAGUGUAGAAUAUCCUGGUUUAUCAGGAUGAAAACACAUACAUCAAAAUGUAAUACGAGUUAUUUGAUGGUUAGUAGCUGAAGUGAUACUGGGACUCAGGACUGUUUACAUGACGUAUCAUUGCGUGACGAGGGCCUUGUACCAGUUCACGCUGGUCAAAGUUUCCCUCCGGUCAAGCAGAGGGAUUGUCACCGACAUUUAGCGACUUUACAGGAGAAGGAGAACAGCUGCUUACUGUCGAACUGGACUUCUUCUUCCUCGUCUUCUUCUCUCGCCCAACUCUCCAUGCUAACGCUAGCUUUAGCUGCAUGUCUCCCGGCGGCUCUCAGCUGGAAUCGGACUAAGAUGUUGCUGCUGCCGCUGAAACUCUCCUCCGAGCGAGUGUUGGGUGUCGAGCCGAACAUGUCUGGACAUAGGUCUGGACCAUAGGUCUGGACGCGAAUCACGACGGGUUGACAGCACACAAAUAAAAAGAUAGUUUAAAAAAACAAACGCUCCCCAGUUCACGACAACUACCCCAUAAUUGCAGUGUGAAAAGCACAAGGUACAAGUGAGCUUCUCAAAGGUUUAGUAAAGCAUAAGACAAGCUAAAGUCCCUCAUAUGUCAAAGCCAUGCCGAGGACUGCCAUGAUUAGCAGCCCGGGGAUGGUCUACAAAUAACCGAUAGCGACUUCAUAUUCCUAUAUAAUGGAACGUAUUGGAUUUAUAGUUACAGCGUGAAAUCACCAUUCAUACACUGUGUUGUGUUUAUCAGACACUCGAAUCUACAGCUUAAAGUGAGUGAGAACGAAGCUGCAGCAAACAAGUUAUUCGUUUUUGUAAAAUGUGAGAUGUUUGCACACGGUUCCUAACAUCUCGACAGGUCAAAGCGGUGCGUUCAUGUACUUAUCGGAAGAUCCCAGCUCGCGAGUUGUGAAGUCGUGUUUAAGUGCUUUCAUAAUGUCUAGAAAUAAACAAGUUGAGGUUGUGGUUUAGUGUUUAGGGUGUUUAAACAACACUUUGAUAUAUAUUUAUAAUAUUUGCAUGAUAAUAAAGAUUAAAAAUGCUGCUGUUCGGACUUGAUGUGGAGUUCACUUGAAUUUCCUGAUUUGAUCCCUCAUUUUACCGAUUAGUCCAAAAGUGCAUGAAUGCACCAAAUGCUGAUGAUGAAAUGUUACAAAGUUUGCGGCCACACUUUCGAUACAUUUGUUAUUAAUUAAUGUUGAGCGAUAUCAUUAAUAUUACGUUAUCAAAGCUCAUAUAUUUACGUUUGAUCUCGUAAACACCAACCGUUUAUUUUAAAUCUAUUUGAAUUUUUUGCAUUUUAUUGUGAAAACUGCUGCUCGUAAAAACUGCUCUCGAAAACUCACGUAUUUACAACACGGUGUCGUGAAGCCGCUCUUCCCUCCAACACUGAAAACAGACAUUGUUUACACUUGUGUGGACGGACACGUGUUAAUAUUGGUCUGUUAACGUGUUCAGGGAAAGUCCCAUGUGAACAAAUGAAUGCAUUCCUCCCAAUCAAGCCUCCCGGACUCUGAAGAUGUCUGAAACAUGCAGCUCUGAACCUGCAGGAGCCAUCAAGGCUAUUGACAAGCACUCAGUGCAUCAGAUCUGCUCAGGACAGGUGGUGCUGACUUUGGCCACUGCCGUCAAAGAGCUGGUGGAAAACAGCAUCGAUGCAGGAGCCACAAAUAUUGAUGUGAAGCUCAAGGAAUGCGGUGCUGAACAAGUGGAAGUGUCAGACAAUGGCAAAGGUGUGGAGGACGCCAACUUUGAAGGACUGACACUGAAGCAUCACACGUCAAAGCUCAAGGAUUUCUCCGAUCUCAUCCACGUGGAGACAUUUGGCUUCAGAGGUGAAGCGCUCAGCUCUCUGUGUGCUCUGAGUGACCUGAGUGUGGUGACGUGCCAUGAGUCCAACCAGGUGGGGACCAAGCUGGUGUUUGACCACAAAGGCCACACGGUGCAGCGGACUCCCCAUCCCCGUCAGCCAGGCACCACAGUCAGCCUGCAGCAGCUCUUCUACACCCUGCCUGUUCGGCACAAAGAGUUCCAACGCAAUAUAAAGAAGGAGUACAUCAAAAUGAUCCAUGUCCUGCAGUCGUACUGUAUCAUCUCCACAGGAGUGCGCAUCACCUGCUCCAACCAAAAUGAGAAGGGAAAACGCAGCACGGUGCUGAGCACCAGCGGAAGCCACAGCAUGAGAGACAACAUCGGAGCCAUAUAUGGACCAAAACAGCUCCAGAGUCUCCUUCCUUUUCAACAACUUUCGCCUACAGAAAAUGUUAUUGAAGAAUAUGGACUCACAAAUGCAGAUCUUCCCAAACAGCUUUUCACCAUCACAGGGUUUGUGUCACGCGGGGAUCAUGGCGUCGGGAGAAGCGCCACAGACAGACAGUACUUUUUCAUUAACAACCGACCAUGUGAUCCCCUCAAGGUGACCAAAGUUGUGAAUGAAGUGUACCACAUGUAUAACAGACAUCAGUAUCCAUUUGUGGCCUUGAACAUAGCCGUCGCCUCAGAUUGUGUGGAUGUGAACGUAACCCCAGACAAACGACAGAUUCUACUUCAGGAAGAGAAGCUGUUGCUGGCUAUUUUAAAGAGCUCUCUCAUCAGCAUGUAUGAGGCUGGGGUCAAUAAGAUCAGUCUGAACCAUAUGCACAUGCCCAGAACCAAUGCAACAUCCGAAUUAUGUCCAGUGGUCCAAUCUAAUGAGAAUGCGCCACAACCUGCAGAAUCCAUGGAACCAGCGAUUCAGAGGCCAAAGUCCUCGUUGAACCUUGCCAGCCUGAAAGCUGCGUUUUCAAGUCAUCACAGCUCCAGUUCUGGGAGCAAAACAAACACGUCAAAAGCAGCAAGCAGCCGCCCAGCACAGACAACUCUGCAGUCUUUUUUAAACUGUUCUGCAAAACCUUCAGUUUCCAGUCUAAGUGUGAAAUCUCCUUUGAAACCUGCUAAAGAUCUCGCUGAAUGCUCCCCAGUGGGAAAAUCUGCACUAGAAGGAUUCAGAUACAGACAGAUAUUGUGUGGGGACUCAGACCACAUCAAAGACAUUGCUGUGUCCACUACAGCAGCUCCAGACAGUCGGUGUUCUGGCCUGGAGGUCAGUUCUCCUGAACCGGGGAUUGACAGGCCCAGAGUUAAACUGGAAGAAUUAGAAGAAACACCAAACAAUAGUCCGACUGUUCCUGAAGCCCCAGCGUUACCAACUGAGCCGUGCGCUUUAGGAGAGAACGGUGCUGUGAGCCCGGAGGCCAAGAGGGCCAGGAAAGAGAAUACAGAAGUCAAACCCAACACUUUCUCAAACUGUUCUGUGGGAUCAGCUUCCAUCACAGUGGAUGCUCCAGGCUGCGUCCAGAGGAGGACGGUGCCUCUGCAGUUCUCUCUACAGGAGCUUGAAGGGAAGGUUAAGAGGAUCCAGGAGCGGCAGAGGCAGAACGUGGCUGAGAAGCUACGCUACAGACGCUUCCGGGCCAAGAUCAACCCCGGAGAAAACCAAAGUGCAGAGGACGAGCUGAGCAAGGAGAUCAGUAAAGACAUGUUCAAAGAGAUGGAGAUCAUCGGUCAGUUUAACCUCGGCUUCAUUAUCACCAAACUGAACUCGGACAUCUUCAUGAUUGACCAACAUGCCACAGAUGAGAAGUACAACUUUGAGAUGCUGCAGCAGCACACGGUGCUCCAAGGACAGAAACUCAUCGCCCCUCAGAAACUUCACCUCACUGCAGUCAGCGAGAACAUACUCUUGGAGAACAUUGAGAUUUUCAGAAAGAACGGCUUUGAGUUUCUGGUUGAGGAGGACGCUCAGGUGAUGGAGAGGGUGAAGCUGCUGUCUCUGCCCACCAGUAAGAACUGGACGUUCGGUCCAGCCGACAUCGAGGAGCUGGUCUUCAUGUUGAGCGACAGCCCAGGAGUCAUGUGUCGGCCAUCCAGAGUCAGACAGAUGUUUGCCUCCAGAGCGUGUCGCAAAUCUAUCAUGAUCGGCACUGCUCUGAGUGUCAGCGAGAUGAAGAAGCUGGUGGUUCAUAUGGGGGAAAUCGAGCAUCCUUGGAACUGUCCCCACGGCAGACCCACCAUGAGACACCUCAUCAACCUGGACAUCAUCUCACAAGACUGACCAGAGUGACGAGGAAGGAACAGACUGAACACCAUCAUUUCACUCCAGUUUAUCCCUGUUCAACAUCCCCCUCACUGACGCACUGAAGACCUGAGUCCGAACUAUAGAUAUUGUAAAUUAGUUUUAUUCAAAUGAUUUGUAUUCACAGAUUGUCUGUGUUUGAUCUGUGUUUUUGUGUAUAUAUUAUGUGUAUUUUACAUCACAAAAAUAAUUGUUUUUUAUUUGCAGGGAAAUAAACAACAUAUAUUCUU